AUGGAGGACACACGCUCUGACGAUACUCCCUCCAAAUACGUCGUGCCGCAGCUGAGACAAUAUCCCGCCAGAAAGCAUCACAUCAUUCCCACAGCAGAACUUCCGUCCCGCUUCGACGUACUGGAUCCCGCCAACGAGGCUUCUCGCAACUUCGGAACCCACGGUACCGCCACAACUGACACCCUGGAGUCAGCGUCGUCCCUUGCGGCCUAUCCAGACAAGGAUAUGGCUCACCCCGCAAAGGACACCACGACACUCACCGCCACCUCGGCCCAAGCACCGGCAAUGAACACGGUCUUCUCCCAUGCAGACCACUCGCAACAGCAUCCAGUCAUCGCAUUCAAGAAGCUCUUGCCGACCAGUCUCAAAGUAGUCGACCCCGACUUUUACCUCGUCCUCUUCCAAGAGCAGCUCGCCGUGCAGACCAAGGAGAUGACACUGGCGGCCAGGCGUACCGGCAACCCACCUCAAAACCUUGUCGCACCGCUUGCGUACAUCCGAGCUUUGGCUCACACGGUCGACCGAAUCAAACAGCCGCGGCAAGACAACACGCUGGUGACGCGGGCGCGGAAAUAUGAACAGAUUCAAAACCUUCUUGACUCACUCGGAGACGAAAUCGAGAGGGCGUCGAGGGACUACCCAGAUCACCAAGGCGAAGCACCAUCUCAAGACGACGACCUUCAGUAUCUCAUCACCUGCUGUGACUCUGAUCUCCGAGGGCAACUCGAGGCGUUGAAGCCGCAGCAGGCUAGGAGUCGCGCCGUUCCUUUCGAGUAUUAG